UCCCUCUCCCCCACUUUCUCUCACUUCCACGUACACACUCCUCUCCUGAGCUAUCACCAGCUACCAAAUCGCUUCGACAGUAGAGAGCUCCUCCUGUCAUUAUCGUUACAAUGGCUGCUCCUGAAAUUCAUCAUCUCUUCCAUAAUCCGAUCGCCGACCAUUCUUUCUCUCCCGACAAAUCAACACUUGCGGUUGCGCGAGAUAGCAAUGUGGAGCUCUACCAGAAAUCAGGUGCCAAGUUUUCACUGACUGAUGAGCUCAAAGGCCACGAGAAGACUGUGACCGGCGUGGACAUUGCUCCUAAUAGUGGCCGUAUUGUUACUUGCUCACAGGAUCGAAAUGCAUACGUAUGGGAGCGCACUCCAUCGGGCUGGAAGCCAACUCUCGUAUUACUCCGCAUAAACCGAGCAGCAACUUUCGUUAGAUGGUCGCCAUCGGAGCAGAAGUUCGCCGUUGGCUCAGGUGCCCGUGUAAUCGCUGUAUGUUAUUUCGAAGAGGAGAACGACUGGUGGAUCUCAAAGCACUUGAAGAAACCGAUUCGGAGCACUAUUACAACUCUCGCAUGGCAUCCGAACUCGGUGCUCUUGGCUGCAGGCUCCACCGACUCUCAUGCCAGAGUCUUCUCUAGCUUCAUCAAAGGCGUCGAUACACGUCCGGAGCCGAGUGCCUGGGGUGAGCGUCUGCCUUUUAACACCAUUUGCGGCGAAUUUUUGAAUGACUCCGCUGGCUGGAUCCAUGGAGUCUCAUUUUCUCCUAGUGGAAACGCCCUCGCAUUUACUGGCCAUGAUAGCAGCGUCACUGUCGUUUACCCGAGUGCCCCAGAACAGCCCCCUCGAGCGAUGCUGAGCGUCACUACUCGUUUACUGCCAUUUACAAGUCUCAUUUGGAAUGGAGAGAACGAAAUUAUCGCUGCCGGUCACGAUUGUGAACCUUACCGUCUUCGCGGCGGCGAGAGUGGAUGGCAGCUUACAGGGACCAUAGAGAACAAGACAGGGCCAGGUGCCGGUACCGCGCGGGAAGAAUCCGCCCUGCACAUGUUCCGUCAGAUGGAUCUCAAGGGGCAGACUCAAGCUGAUAUUCAACUCAAGUCAACCCACCAGAAUACCAUCAGUACCGUGAGGGUGUAUGAGGAGACCGAUGGUGUUCUGCGCAAAUUCAGCACGAGUGGGGUUGAUGGCCGUGUCGUUGUCUGGACCAUAUAG